CACGGGUUAAAGAUCCUCUAAAGCUGCCUCUACUUUCAACCUCAUUAUUUGAGUCUUCAACUCUUAAUCCAUAUGGAUCCAGUUCAGAACCGAAUGGCUUCGGAUCGAAGCUUCAAGUACGGUGUCUUCAUCAGCUUCCGAGGACCAGACACCCGCAAAAUAUUCGUUGGCCAUUUGUACGGAUCACUUUCCAUCAGGGGAAUUUCAACCUUCAAAGACGAUCGGAGGCUUGAACCAGGAGAUUCCAUUACCGACGAACUCUGCCAAGCCAUCCGGGCAUCAAGGUUUGCUGUCGUGGUUAUCUCCAAGAACUACGCUACUUCAAGCUGGUGCCUAGAUGAGCUUCAGUUGAUCAUGGAACUUGUCGAGAACAAGGAGAUUGAAGUUGUUCCGAUUUUCUAUGAAGUAAAACCUUCCGACGUCAGACAUCAUCAGCUCCUAGAAAGUUUCUCUUUACGAAUGACUGAGAAGGUUCCUGGUUGGACAAAAGCUCUUAAGGAUAUAGCCAACCGAAAGGGCAUGGAAUCCUCAAAAUUCUCGGACGAUGCCACGAUGAUUGAAGAAAUAGUUCAAAACAUUUCAAGCCGGUUGUUACCUAUGUUGCCAAUAGGUUUCCGUGAUGUUGUCGGGAUGAGAGCUCACAUGAAAGUUCUCAGCCCUCUCUUGGACAUGGACUCCAAGGAUGAUGCUCGUAUCAUAGGAAUCGUUGGAACAGGAGGCAUUGGUAAAACCACUAUAGCAGAGUAUCUCUACCAAACCCAUAAACUUGGAUUUUCACCUCAUCAUUAUUUCAUGGAGAACGUCGCGGAACGCUGUAGAAAACAUGGUCUCUUACAUCUACAAAAUGAACUUUUUUCUAGUAUCUUCCGUGAAAAGAAUGUGAUGCUGGAAAGCGUUGAACACGGAAGACAACAACUUGAGUUCAGGCUAAGAAACGCAAAAGUUUUUCUUGUCUUUGAUGACGUUGAUGAUGUUAGACAGCUUGAUGCCUUGGCAAAAGAGGUUCAGUGGUUUGCACCAGGGAGCCGAAUCAUCAUAACCACGCGGGAUAAGAGCUUGCUUAACUCCUGCGAAGUGUACGACGUUGAGUACUUGGAUGAUGAUAAAGCACUCCUACUCUUCCAGCAGAUUGCUUUUAAAGGAGGACAACCACCUUCUAGUGUCUACUCAGAUUUUUCAAGUCGUGCUUCGAAGCUUGCUCAAGGUCUUCCUUUGGCCGUCAAGGCUUUGGGAAGUUCUCUCCGAGGGAAGUCCGAAAUGGAGUGGGAUAAGGCUUUACGUUCCUUUGAAAAGGCUCCUUACGAUAAUAUUCCAAGAAUAUUAAAUAUUAGCUACGAGAGCUUGGACGAACUUAGUAAGACUGCUUUUCUUCAUGUCGCAUGCCUUUUCAAUGGAGAACUUGUCUCGCGUGUCAAGUCUCUUCUCCACCGUGGUGAAGAUGGGAUAAGGGUUUUAGCGGAAAAGUCUCUCAUCGAUUUGUCUACUAAUGGCCGUAUAGCCAUGCACCAUUUGUUGGAGAAAAUAGGAAGACGGAACGAAUCAGACAACGACCUUGCCCUACAACCAAUCUUGCGGCACUGGUACGACAUAUGUCGACUUGCAGACAGAGCAGGAACAACGAGAACUGAAGGCAUCGUGCUAGAUAUUUCUGAAAGGCCUAAUCAUAUAGACUGGAAAGUUUUCAUGCAGAUGGAGAAUCUCAAAUAUCUGAAAAUCAACAACCGCAGGCGUUACAAAAGUUUAGAUUCAAGGACACAGAGCAAUCCAGACGAAAUUUUACUACCUUAUAAACUUAGAUUACUACAGUGGGAUGCAUAUCCUUACACAACCUUGCCUUCCAGUAUCAACACAGAUUGUCUUGUAGAAGUAAUUCUGUGUAACAGCAAGCUCACAACUCUUUGGAGUGGAAGUCCCCCGAGACUUUCGCAUCUGAAAAGGCUGAAUCUUACUGGAUCUAUGUAUCUAAAAGAACUUCCAGAUCUUAAGGAAGCAGUGUAUCUCGAAGAGUUGAUGCUGGAAGGUUGCAUUUCCCUGACAAGGAUUCCAGAGUCCAUUUGUAGCCUGCCUAGACUACAAAAACUUGAUCUAUCCAACUGUGAUGGGCUAAAGAAUCUAAUUAUCAUAGUAAAGGAAUCUGAAGCUACUUUCUUUGAAGGCAGAAGAAUCUUGCACGUUAGAUCGGUCCACACGGAUUUUCUUGAUGCAGAACCGUUAGCAGAGGAGUCUCGAGACAUUUCUCUCACAAAUCUAUCAAUCAAGGGGAACUUAAAAAUUGAGUUGAAGGUUAUUGGAGGAUAUGCACAACAUUUUUCGUUUAUUUCUGAGCAGCAUAUCCCUCAUCAAGUAAUGUUGUUGGAGCAGCAAACAGCUAGGCUCAUGUCACAUCCUUACAAUUUUAAGUUGCUUCACAUCGUGCAAGUUAACUGCAGUGAGCAAAGGGAUCCUUUCAAGUGUUAUAGCUUUUCAUAUUUUCCCUGGUUGAUGGAGCUAAAUCUAAUCAACUUAAACAUCGAAGAAAUACCAGAUGACAUUCAUCACAUGCAAGUUCUAGAGAAGUUGAACCUAAGUGGAAACUUCUUCAGGGGUUUACCUUCAUCAAUGACUCAUCUUACGAAGUUAAAACAUGUGAGGCUUUUUAACUGCCGUAGACUUGAAGCUUUGCCACAACUAUACCAGCUGGAGACGCUCACACUCUCUGAUUGUACCAACCUCCACACAUUGGUGAGCAUUUCUCAUGCAGAACAAGACCAUGGAAGAUACAAUUUGCUUGAGCUUCGUCUUGACAACUGCAAACAUGUAGAGACAUUGUCGGAUCAGCUUCGGUUUCUUACAAAGCUGACGUAUUUAGAUAUCAGUCGACACGAUUUUGAAACAGUGCCUACAAGCAUCAAAGACCUCUCCUCGCUGAUAACUCUCUGCCUCAACUAUUGCAAGAAACUAAAAUCACUUUCAGAGCUUCCAUUGAGCAUUAAGCACCUAUAUUCACAUGGCUGCAUGUCCUUAGAAACUUUCUCCCUUUCAAUCGAUCAUUCUGUUGAUGACCUUGAUCUCAGCACUUGCUUCCAACCGAAUCAGUUUUUAAGUCAAUUCACUCGUUUUCCAUCUGGAAGACGUAGUGAAGAGGUACAGCUAUGUGCUUGCAUCCAGAAACCUAAGAUAUUGAAUACGCCUGAUCAAGGGACGAGGAAUGUCAGAACAAUCUACACAGAGCGUUUUAGCUCCGAAACCUUGAAACUAAUGGCUUUUGCUCUAUGUUUGGGUGUGCUUCUUCUAUGUAAGACGAUGGGCAAUAGCUAGGUAAUGAUGGUCAUCCCCGGUUGCAUUUGAAUGGAAUCGUUCAGUUCACCACAGUACUUCGACUCUUGUGUGUGUGUGUGUGUGUGUGUCUCAUUCCCUUUCGGCUACAGUCACUUCCACUAGCUGAAUGAAGAAGCUCAAUGGUUCUUUCAUUUUAUCAGCUAACAUUACGUUUUUCCCCCCUCCAUGUUUGUAAGUGAAAUUUGUGUAGAGUUAAAAAACACACAACGCCAAGUGGGUGGUCCCUUGACCAAAAUUGCUACUAUCAUAAACUGUUUAAUAAAACUUUAAAAAGUAUUGACCGGUUAAAU